UUUGACAAGGAUUGAGCCUGCACAAUCUUUCCAUUUUGCUUCUUCUGACCGGGAAAGAGUAGAGCAGGGACCAACGGAUCAGGGAGAACGCGGACGAACGCCAUGGGAGUUCUAGGAAACCUUACUCCGGAUCAGCUCCAUUUCUUCAAUUCUCAAGGUUAUCUUGUCAUUGAAUCGUUUGCGAGUUCCGAUGAUAUUGACGCAAUGAUGAGGAGAAUGGAGCAGUUACUGGAUGAAUUUGAUUGCACGUCCACCGCCUCAAUUUUCUCCACUAAGAAUCAGCAAAAGCUGACUGACGAUUACUUUUACGAGAGCGUGGAGAAAGUUUCGUUUUUUUUCGAGGAGAAAGCGUAUGGGGAUGAUGGGAACUUAAAGCAGCCGAAGCAACUUUCCAUCAAUAAAGUUGGUCAUGCGCUUCAUGAGCUUGAGCCGGCAUUCAGAAGGUUUUCUUGUUCCGAGAAAAUUUCUAGUUUGUUGUCCUCGUUGGGGUACAAGAGACCAGUGAUUAUGCAGUCCAUGUACAUAUUUAAGCAACCAGGCAUUGGGGGUAAAGUGGUCCCUCACCAGGAUAAUUCAUUUCUAUAUACUGAACCACCGACCUGCACAGGACUGUGGUUGGCUCUAGAAGAUGCAAGCAUAAUCAAUGGUUGCCUCUGGGCAAUUCCUGGAUCUCACAAAAACGGGCUUGUUAGGAGGUUCUUAAGAGAUGAAAAUGGUGUUAAAUUUGACUGGCCAUCACCGUCUUAUGAUCAAAAAGAUUUUGUGCCUAUUGAAGUAAAAGCUGGUUCUUUGGUUGUCAUCCAUGGUGAUCUUAUCCAUCAAAGUUUUGAAAACCACUCCUCAAAAUCAAGGCAUGCCUACAGCUUGCACAUAGUGGACACUGAUGGCUGCACAUGGGCACCUGAAAAUUGGAUCAGACGGAAAGUGGAGCCGGAGCCGCUCUUUGUGAGCCAAUCUUGAAGCUUACAUUGCAUCAAUGGGCGGUGCCAUAAUCAAGAAUCUGCAAAUAAAGAGCAAACAAAGAAAACUAGUAGUUUCAGUUGCCAUAUUUCAUCAUAACUAGAUGUGGGUCCCGUACAUUGCAUUGAGUUUAAAAUAAAAUUUUAGUAUUCAUUACUUAUGAACAGCAUGGCUACCUAUUAAUUUUUUAUGGAUAUAUUGAUAUAUUGACUUAAAAACUCUCUGAAUGGAGGAUUGUUUUCAGUUGUUGAAGUAAUAAUGUAUUAAUGUUAAUCCCGUA